UAGAUUGAAGGGGUGAUUGAUGGGUUCUAAUUUGGAACCAGUGCCAGUUACUUCACAAAAACAUGACCCAGCUUGGAAGCAUUGUGAAAUGUUUAAGAAUGGGGAGAGGGUACAGUUGAAGUGUAUUUAUUGUGGCAAAAUAUUUAAGGGUGGUGGAAUUCAUAGGAUUAAAGAACAUCUUGCAGGUCAAAAAGGUAAUGCAUCUACGUGUUUGAGAGUUCAGCCCGAUGUUCGCCUUCUAAUGCAAGAUAGUUUAAAUGGUGUUGUAAUGAAGAAGAGAAAAAAACAGAAACUUGCUGAAGAAAUAACAACUUAUAAUGCUGGCACUGCCACUAGUGACAUUGCUGCUGAAUUUACUGAUACUUGUGGCCUCAAUACGGAAGUUGACUUGCUUCCAAUGCCGCAAGCUAUUGAACAUACCUCUAAUUUAUUUUUGAAUCGAGACCAAGGACCUAAUAAUAUAGGUGCAAGGAAGAAAAAAACUAGGAUUAGAAAAGGGGCAUCUUCCUCAAAUAAUAAUGCUAUGCUUCUGCCAAUUAACCAGUCCAAAAGAGUGAACAAUCAUGUGCAUAUGGCAGUAGCCAGAUUCCUUUUAGAUGCUAGGGUUCCUCUUGAUUCUGUAAAUUCUGUUUAUUUCCAACCCAUGAUUGAUGUGAUCGCUUCCCAAGGAGCACAAGUUUCUGCCCCUUCUUACCAUGACCUAAGAAGCUGGGUUCUAAAAGCUUCAGUUCAAGAAGUGAGGAAUGACAUUGAUCAAUGUUCAAGCACCUGGGCAAGGACUGGUUGUUCUGUUUUGGUUGAUGAGUGGAUUACGGGAAAGGGUAAAACACUGCUUAACUUUUUGGUCUACUGCCCCGAAGGGACAAUGUUUUUGAGGUCUGUCGAUGCGUCUACCCUAAUUAAUUCCACGGAUUAUCUAUAUGAGUUGCUUAAGGAAGUAGUGGAGGAAGUUGGUGUGAGAAAUGUGUUGCAAGUAGUAACUAGUAAUGAGGAGCGAUACAUUAUUGCUGGGAAAAAGCUCACUGAUGCUUACCCUACACUCUUUUGGACACCUUGUGCUGCUCACUCCAUUGACUUGAUGCUCGAGGACUUAAAGAAACUUGAGUGGAUCGAUACAAUAAUGGAACAAGCCAAGUCAAUAUCAAGAUUCAUCUACAAUAAUAACAUUCUCUUGAGUAUGAUGAGAAAGUUUACCUUGGGAGUUGACUUAGUUGAUUUGGGAGUUACACGCUCUGCAACCGACUUUUUGACACUAAAAAGAAUGGUAAAUAUCAAACACAAUUUGCAAUCAAUGGUUACUUCAGUGGAGUGGGCGGAGAGCCCAUAUUCAAAGAAACCAGAGGGGUUUGCCCUGCUAGAUUAUAUUAGUAAUCAGUCCUUUUGGUCUACUUGCAGCUUGAUUUGCCGCUUGACAGAUCCCAUCUUGAGGAUUUUAAGGAUGGUCAGUAGUGAGGAGAGGCCUGCGAUGGCGUACAUUUAUGCAGGGGUCUAUCGAGCAAAAGAAACAAUUAAGAAAGAGCUUGUCAAUAAGAAGGAUUACUCAGUUUAUUGGAAUAUUAUUGAUCACAGGUGGGAAUCACUUCAGCGUCAUCCUCUUCAUGCUGCAGGGUUUUACCUCAAUCCCAAAUUUUUCUAUACUACUGAGGAAGAUGUGCACCUCCAUAUCAGAUCACUUGUAUAUGAUUGUAUAGAGAAAUUGGUUCCUGAUCCUAAAACCCAAGACAAAAUUGUGAAAGAAACUACUUCUUACGUCAACAGUGCUGGAGAUUUUGGGAGGAAAAUGGCAGUAAGAGCCAGAGACACUCUUUUUCCAGCUGAGUGGUGGUCAACAUAUGGUGGAGGGUGCCCAAAUUUGGCUCGCUUGGCCAUCCGUAUUCUCAGUCAAACAUCAAGUUUGAUUAGGUCUAAGCCAGGUCGAGUUCCUUUAGAAGAGAUGCAUGAAACAAAAAAUUGCAUUGAACAUCAAAGACUUAAUGAUCUUGCUUUUGUUCAAUACAACCUGUGGCUGAGGCAAAGGAAAAACCUAGUGCCGGAUUGUAUGGACUCCAUUUCCUAUGAGAAAAUGGAACUUGUCCAUAAUUGGGUUUCUAGGAGGGAACAAAUUUCGGAGGACUUGGAAAGUUCAGACUGGAUGACCGUUGACCCUCCUUUGGGAAGCAUAGCUCCCUUAGGUCCAUUAAUUGAUGAUAUUGAAGCCUUAGGCGCAGGUUUUGAUGAUUUUGAAAUUUUUGGUGGGCCAAAAGAUAGUGAAGAAGAGAUUGUAGAGGAGAACACUGUAAAUGAGUAAACUUUUGCUGUAGAAGAUUUUUUGUUCUGUUGGAAAGAAAUGGGAAGAUUACGCUUGAGUCCCACAUGGAGGCUACCUGGAGUUUAGCUUUAAGCCGUGACACAUUGCAAUGAGCAAUAUUGAGGAUUUUGUGCCGAUGCUCUGCGUCCAUAUGCUAUUCCUUUAGACAAACUUGGUUUCUUCGUGACUUCCCCUUACUCCCCGAUAGCAAUCUCAUGUAACAUAUGGCAUAGACAUUAGUUU